AUGGCUCAGUUACAAGUUACUGUUGUUGAAGCGAAAAAUUUAACAAAAAAAGAUACACUUAGUCAAAAUGAUCCGUUUGUUGAAAUUUAUCUUGAUAAUAAACAUUUAAAACAAAAAACAAAAACAAAACAAAAUUCGAAAACACCACAAUGGAAUCAAACAUUUGUUUUUAAUCAUUUAACUGGACAAGAUAUUCUUAAUGUUGAUGUUUAUGAUGAAGAUUCAGUUAAAGAUGAAAAAAUAGGUUCAAUUCAAAUUAAUUUACAUGAUUUAUAUAGAAAAGGUUUUAUUAGAAUAAUAAUCGAAAUCAAAGAUGGAUGUUUUAGUUUCUUUUUAGGUCAUAUUGAUGAAUGGUUUGAACUUGCAACCACGCCUCCUGCAAAUAUAGAAAAAAGAGAAUUUUUAUUUAAAGUUCUUGUUAUUGGCGAAUUAGCUACUGGAAAAACUGCACUCGUCAAACGUUAUGUUCAUAAUUUCUUCUCCGAACAUUAUCGAGCAACCAUCGGUGUUGAUUUUGCUUUAAAAAUUAUGAAAUAUGAUGAUGAUACAGUUAUUCGUCUUCAACUUUGGGAUAUUGCCGGUCAAGAACGAUUUGGUAAUAUGACUCGAGUAUAUUAUAAAGAAGCUGUGGGUUGUUUUAUUGUUUUUGAUGUUACACGUGGAUCAACUUUUGAAGCAGUUACUAAAUGGAAAACAGAUUUAGAUAAUAAAGUUCAAUUACCAGAUGGUAGUCCUGUGCCAUGUGUCCUACUUGCUAAUAAAUGUGAUUUGGUUAAAGAUGGUUUAGUUGAGAAUGCUCAACAAAUGGAUCAAUAUUGUGAAGAAACAGGUUUUGCUAAAUGGUUCCCAACAUCAGCAAAAGAGAAUAUUAAUAUUGAAACAUCUGCUCGAUUUCUUAUUAGUGAAAUUAUGAAACAUACUGAACAAAUACAACCACGUGCACCAUCUAAUUAUGCUCGUAGUAAUACACUUACUGUCGUUGAUAAACCAGAUAAAAAAGAAAAUACUGGACGUAAAUGUUGUGGUGGUGGUGGUGGUGCCGCUGAUUCAAAUGAUAGCAAAAGUUGA